AUGCGCACGUCACACUUUCCAACGCCUGUGGCCAUUUCGAGAUCUCUAUCGCGACAGCUCCAGCUCCAGCUCCCCGACCCGCUAUGGCGGGGCCGUUGUGAGAGACGAUACUCAACAGAUUCAACUCCAGAUGGUUCCGGCCGACAUAAUCAACUAUCCAAAUUGCCAUUUCGAUUUGAAACUGGCAUUGGUUUGUUCGCCAAGCGACCACCGCGGCCGUUCCCUCCGCCGUUUACGUCGCCUCCGUCUGCGUCCUUCUCCGACCCGCUAAGUACCCAUCACAGAAGUCGCGAUCGUCGGGGAGCAUUCGUGAAUGGCGAAAUUAUCAAGGGCUUGACGAAUGGAGAUGAUGCGGUGUAUGCGAGCGAUUUCUUCAUCUGCGCCAACGAUGGAGUCGGGGCCUGGGCGAUGCGACCACGCGGCCAUGCUGGCUUGUGGUCGCGAUUAAUUCUGCAUUUUUGGGUAGCAGCAGUUGAGGAAGACGUCCUCCGAUCCUUAUCCACCGAUAAACCACAUAUGCCUGAUCCUGUGUCCAUGCUCCAGUCAGCCUAUGAAAAGACUCUGGAUGCAACGGUUCCCCUCGACUGGCAAGGGACGACUACAGCUUGCGGUGCUCAACUGCACUACCGGCCCUCGAGCGACGAUUCGACGAAAAAUCCCUCGCCCUUGUUGCUAGUCACAAAUCUUGGGGACUGUCAAGUCAUGGUGCUUCGCCCAAGAAGCAAAGAGGUCAUCUUCAAGACCAAAGAACAGUGGCACUGGUUUGAUUGUCCCAGACAACUUGGGACGAACAGUCCUGACACACCAAAAGACAACGCCGUCGUGGAUACAAUAGACUUAGAAGUCGGAGACGUGGUACUGGCGAUGAGCGAUGGCGUUAUUGAUAAUCUAUGGGAGCAUGAAAUCGUUGAAUCGGUGGUGAAGAGUAUCAACAGCUGGGAGUCAGCAAAGGGAGGAACAGUACAGGAAGACAGGAAGGGAGGUCGAAAUGGUGGCAUUCAAGCUGCAGCAGAUGACCUCGUUGCGGCGGCGAGGGUCAUUGCCAUGGAUCCAUUUGCGGAGAGCCCAUUCAUGGAGCAAGCGAUUGAAGAAGGCCUGGCCAGUGAAGGAGGAAAGUUGGAUGAUAUUAGUGUGGUUGCUGCGUUGUGUAUUGAGAAUAAGUAA